GACCCAACAGACCCGAAGCAGAACCCGUUGAAUCCCGAGGGACUCAAGCCAUGCUGCGCAUGUCCACAGACAAAGUCUGCUAGGGACGACUGCUUCAUGCGCUUUGACCCCGCGGAGGCUGACGAAAAGUGCAAGAUCCUCGUGCAGCAACAUCUUGCGUGCAUGCGGGGGUACGGCUUCAAGGUCUGA